CUCAGCAUCCUUACUGUUCACCCUGGAGGGCACGGGAGCACAAAGACAGCUCUUUAUCAUGAGGUCCUUCUUCUUACUGCUCUUCUCCCUGUUGUUGGUGUCCCGAGGUUCUUCAGCCGUCAUCACAGGGGCCUGUGAGAAGGACUCGCAGUGUGGAGGAGGGAUGUGUUGUGCAGUGAGUUUGUGGAUACGCAGCCUGCGUAUGUGCACGCCCAUGGGACAGGAAGGAGACGACUGUCACCCCAUGAGUCACAAGGUUCCUUUCUUUGGGAAAAGACUCCACCACACUUGCCCCUGUCUGCCCAACCUGUCGUGUAUCAUCAUAGAAGAGGGCAGAUCCAAAUGUCUGUCACCAUACAAGUAUCCAGACUUCUACCUCUGAGGACCAACACAGCAGUUUGCUAACUGCACUGUAACUAGUUUUAUCUGCCU